AUGGCGACGAUGACGAUGCAGCUGGGUGGGCUGAUGCUGGCCGUGCUGGGCUGGCUGGGCUCCAUCCUCACCUGCGCGCUGCCCAUGUGGAAGGUGACGGCCUUCAUUGGCUCCAACAUCGUGACGGCCCAGGUCUUCUGGGAAGGGCUGUGGAUGAACUGCGUGUACGAGAGCACGGGGCAGAUGCAGUGCAAGGUCUAUGACUCCAUGCUGGAGCUCACCUCCGACCUGCAAGCGGCUCGAGCCUUGGUGGUCACCUCCAUCUUUGUGGCCUUCUUCGCCUUCCUCACCGCCGUCUCGGGCGCAGACUGCACCCGCUGCGUGGAUGACAAGAACGCCAAGACCAGGAUCUCCAUCGUGUCAGGUGCCUUCUUCGUCCUGGCCAGCAUCAUGCUGCUCAUCCCUGUCUCCUGGUCUGCUAACAGCAUCGUCAGCAACUUCUACAACCCCAUGGUGCCCGAGGCCCUCAAGAGAGAGCUGGGGGCUGCCCUCUACAUCGGCUGGGCCUCCAGUGCCCUCCAGCUCUUUGGUGGGGGCAUCCUGUGCUGCUCGGGACCCCCGUCCCAGCAGGACCCCUACCCCAAGAAGUACAGAGCAGUGACGACCUGCAGCCCGACGGGCUACCCCAUGAAAGACUAUGUGUGA